CAAGUUGUGAAUACGCGGAAGAAACGCUAAACUAUGAAAUAUUUGAUCUUAGGCGUGAUGUUAUUGGUUAUCAAACCGUGUCUCGCAGAUGUCCACUCUCUUCAUCGACAUGGCGUUGCAACUCAGGGGGUUUCAUUUCCUCAGAGCAUUGACAUUUUAAUGGUAGAUGACAUUAUCGUCCACUAUUACAUGACUGCUUCGAAGGAAUUCUCAAUACCGCAGUGGCUGAACCAUUCAGAGGGUGUUAUACUCUGGGAAGAAAUCAGAAUGUAUUCCAAUCAUAAUCGUUUCAUCAUGGACACUGCCAUAAAACUGACAAGCAAACGCUUCAAUCACUCAUAUGACCACUUUUACCAGGCCCAUGGUCGUUGUGAGUGGGAUACAGAAGAGGAUACCGGUAUGUAUGUUUCAGCAUCCAUGAGUCAUGCUUAUGACGGUAAAGACUUCGUAAGUUUUGAUGUCACAUCCAGGACAUGGGUAGCUGCAGUGUCAGAAGCCGUCUUCUAUCAAACUAAAAGACAGGAAAAUAUCAAGGAUCUGGAUCUACUGAUUUACAGCUACAACCAAGGGUGUAUUGACUGGCUGACAAAAUUGCUGCGCUUCAGCAAGGAAGAGAGGAAAGAAAAAGUUCCAGAUGUGGUGCUGACUGAAAAGUCUUUCCCUGGCUCCUCUGACAAGCUGGUCACCUGUCACGUGACUGGUUUUUACCCUCGGGCCGUGCAGGUGGAAUGGCUCAAUCAAGAUGGCCAUGUAUCUGAUGGAGUGAGCAUUGGGGAGGUGCUGCCCAAUUGUGAUGGCACAUACCAGGUUAAACAAACCCUGAAAGUGGCAAACGGAACCCAGUGGUCCCAAGUCUACAGGUGUCAGGUCAUACACAGCAGUGUGACUGGGAACAUCACAGUGGUAUGGGAUCCCAAGAAGAGCUUGUUCCUGCCUAUGAUAGUGGGAAUCACCAUUGGAUCCAUUGCUGUAACUGUGCUAAUAGUGAUAGUCUGCUUCAAAAGAGGAAAAUGUCAUCAAACCCCUGCAGUGUUAUGCAGGAGAACAAGCAACUGGAACUUGCCACCUCAACAUAGCAUGGAGCCAUGCAAUCCACCAACAUCUCCACUCAUUGAACAACAAUAAUCAGACUAUGGGAGAAUGAGGCAUAGCUUCAUCAGCAUGCACAGGAAUCCUUUAUGUUCUGUUCAUGUACUUGCAAACUUGUUACAGACUACUAUUUUUGAAAGAUGGGUUUCUUUUCUGAUGGUAUGUCUCACAGCUUUCAGUU